CUUUUGAUCUUUUUAACUUGCAAAGGUCUGCUUUGUAGUCAGAACUCCGAUGGAAGUUGCUGUGCAGAGAGAAUUGUGGAAGCCUUCCUCAGAUAACGGCAUCUUGCAUACAACAGUUUCCACUAAAGAUAAAUUUUCUAAUUUUUAUUAAGAGAGGAAAACAAAAUAUAAUUUUUGUUAUAUGAUAAAGAUUGUUAGGAGAAAUGUACAGGCACAUUAGGAUAAUAUUAAAGUUUUGAUAUGCUUGUUACUUAUUGAAAAAGCUCUUUUACUUUACGGAUAUAACAAAUAUUUCUAAAAGUUAAAUGGCAUUCUCUUCAUGUGCCAUUUUACUGUAUGUCUUUUCGAGUUGUGAAACAUGAGCAAAUGUAUUUUUGUAUAGUAUGACAAUAUUAAUAUUUAGAAUAUGAAUUUUGAGGUGUCCUUGGUGUUCUCUGAGCUUGAUUGUUUUCUUGCACUGAUGAUGUUAACCUAGUUUGGAUAAUGAAACAUCUACAAGAAAACAAUCAAGCUCAGAGAACACCAAGGAUACCUCAAAAUUCAUAUUCCAAAGAACCCCUUAUUUAAAUCUUGAGCUACAAAUAUUCUCCUUUAUUAACAGGAAUUCAAGUUUGCAAAAAAUAAUGUGUGGUUGGAAUAAAACUGGGCUUUAAUGUAUGAAUUGCCCAGUACAGUAUUGUCUUUUCCAUUAGCAGAAAAUGAUGAAUGUGGUAUAGAAAUGACUACGGCUGGAAGCCUAAUUUAAACUUAUGUAUUUCCUAAAAAUGUUAUUGAAGGCUAAUAAUAAUGGGAGAGAGAGAUCACUAUCCGAAAGACCCUUUGGUGAUGAUCAUGUCAAAUAGGAGAUUGCAGUUUGGAAUGUAACAUGAGGACAGGAAAUUCUUGACUUAUGACCAUUCUUUUAGGGACUGUUUGAAUUACGGAGAUGCUGAAAAAAAUGGAUUUGCAACUCAUGCCUGAGGUUUUGGCCAUUGUAGUGCCCACAUGGUCACAUGAUCAACAUUUAGGCACUUGGCAGCCUAUCCCCGCUUACAAUUGCAGAAGCAUUUCAGCUCCCUCUUCAUUUGUACCUUUUGUACCUCCCUUCCCAUGCUCUGCAACCUCUGCCAUCCUAACUUUCCUUCAUUAAACAAACAAUCCUGAUUUGUUUCUUCAUUAUUACUGUAACUAAAGUAAUUAAUUUUUAUGACAAUCAUUUUUCUUCAGGACAGCUGUUCUUUUGUAUUCUGUAAAAAGCAAGCAUUUAUGCUUAAGCAGUGCUUGGAAUAUUGUGACAUCACCAAACCAGGCAAUGUUUUUAUCUUUGGGGCCAUAAUCAAAAUAAAAUUAACCCUAUAGACUUGCUACAUAGUAAAUUCGCAAUAAGCUAGACGGAGUUCUGUUGAAAUUUUUAGGGGCCAUUCCUGUAAAAGUAGAAAGUGUUUUAUAUUUAUUACUGUGUACAGAGGCAUGAACAAAAAUAAUGUAAGAAAGAAAGGGGUGUGAUACAGGGUAGAGCUAGUUUUCUUAUUCAAAACAUAUUUUAUUCAUGAUACAUGUUACUGGAAGAUAAUUAGAUUGGAUUGUUUAGAUAUUUCUUUCCUCAUCAUUCUAAACACUUGUGUUAAAAUAUGAAGUUAACUUUAAUCUAUCUGGGAAUUUGAACAGCAUUAGGGAAUCAUAAAAGUCCUUUCAAUACUCCAUGCUUAAUUAUUUGUAAUAUUAUUAUUUUGGUCAUAAAAUAUAUUUCUCCCCAUCCUGGUUUAGUGUAAUGUAAAAAUUUAGACUGUGCAUUAUGAUUCUGCACAAUGGGCAUUCUGAUUCAGUUCAGUAAUGUUUGAAACUAUAAGUUCUGCUUAUUUUAAACUUGCUAGUAAUGUCAAACUUGAACUAGGACUUAGUUGAAAUGUUAGUUUUAGAUCUGAACCUCCCUCCUGUCAAGACAUAUGACUACUUCCAUUAUCGCAAUGCCUACUUGAAAAUGCUGUAUUUAGUUGAUAGGAAUUGUAAUCCCAAAUAUAUCAUUGAUGAAGACUUCUAUAAUAAAGUAUCAUUUUAUAAUAUUUAGAAUUGUAUUUUUAAUAUAUGUACAUAUGUAUCGGUAUGUGUAUAUGCAUGUGGAUGUAUAUGUGCAGUAUAUGUACACUACAUAUAUAUGCUCUUCUAAGGUUCCUUCCAACUGUUAUUCUCUUGUGUAGGCAUGUUAACUUGCCUUACUUAAUUAGGCCAUUUAGAUCAAUAUUUUCAACAGAGAAUUGAUAGCAUAUAUUAUCAAUCAUUAGAUAAAUAAAUAAAGAUUGAUAUAUCAUUAGAAUGAAAUAUUCUAGAAGUACUAAUUAAUUGAAAUAAGUUAAAAUUUAUUUCAUAUUGCAAAUGUGCAUUGGAGAUUAUGUUGCAAUAGGCAUAAAAAUGAUAUUCACUCUCUUUUUUUAUGCUCAGAAAAAGCCACUGACUGCAAUCAUCAAAGAAGUUUGUGAUGGGUGGUCUCUAGCAAACCAUGAACAUUAUGCACUGCAGCAUGCUGAUAGCUCCAAUUUUUAUAUUACUGAAAAGAAUCGUAAUGAAAUUAAAAACGGAGCAAUACUUCGAUUAACAACAUCACCGGACUCUAAGGAAAUGAAGUCUCUGUUUGGUCUUGCCAAUCAUCAGGGAUGUGUUGUUUUUCCAGACCCAAAAUGCUAUUCAGCUCCAUGAGAGGAUUCAAUCUUCUAGUAUGGAUGCCAAGUUGGAAGCACUGAAAGAUUUAGCCAGUUACUCACGUGAUGUAACAUUUGCCCAAGAAUUUAUCAAUCUAGAUGGGAUUUCACUCUUAACACAGAUGGUUGAAAGUGGCACUGAACGAUAUCAGAAAUUGCAGAAGAUAAUGAAGCCCUGCUUUGGAGACAUGUUAGCAUAUACAUUGACAGCAUUUGUUGAGCUGAUGGAUCAUGGAAUUGUAUCUUGGGAUACUUUCUCUGUGGCUUUCAUAAAAAAGAUUGCAAGUUAUGUGAGCAAGUUCCAAAAUGAUAUUGCUAUAUUACAAAGAUCAUUAGCCAUUUUAGAAUCAAUGGUACUGAAUGGUCAUGAUCUGUAUCAGAAAGUGGCACAAGAGAUAACAAUUGGACAAUUAAUUCCACAUCUACAAGGGGCUGAUCAAGAAAUUCAAACAUAUACCAUUGCUGUGAUAAAUGCACUUUUCUUUAAAGCACCUGAUGAUAGGAGGCAGGAAAUGGCAAAUAUUUUAGCACAGAAACAACUUCGGGGAAUCAUUUUACAAUAUGUUAUCAGAGCUCAAAGGGCCAUUAAUAAUGAAAUGGCACAUCAACUUUAUGUUUUGCAAGUACUCACCUUUAACCUACUGGAAGAUAGAAUGAUGACUAAAAUGGACCCUCAAGAUCAGGCCCAGAGGGACAUCAUAUUUGAACUCCGAAGAAUUGCUUUUGAUGUAGAAUCUGAACCCAAUAGCAACAGUGGUAAUAUUGAGAAGCGUAAAUCCAUGUAUACACGUGAUUACAAAAAACUUGGCUUUAUUAAUCAUGUAAACCCAGCAAUGGAUUUUACUCAGACUCCCCCAGGAAUGCUAGCCCUGGACAACAUGCUGUACUUUGCCAAACACCAGCAGGAUGCUUAUAUCCGAAUUGUAUUAGAAAAUAGCAGCCGAGAAGAUAAGCAUGAAUGUCCAUUUGGUCGGAGUAGCAUUGAAUUGACAAAAAUGCUAUGUGAUAUCUUGAAAGUAGGAGAAUUACCCAGUGAGACCGGCAGUGAUUUCCAUCCAAUGUUCUUCACACAUGACAAAUCAUUUGAAGAGUUUUUCUGUAUUUGCAUCCAGUUGUUGAACAAGACAUGGAAAGAAAUGAGAGCAACUUCUGAAGACUUCAAUAAGGUCAUGCAAGUAGUGAGGGAGCAGAUAAUGAGAGCACUGACCACAAAGCCUAGUUCACUGGAUCAGUUCAAAAGUAAACUUCAGAAUCUCAGCUAUACAGAAAUACUGAAAAUCCGCCAGUCUGAGAGAAUGAACCAGGAAGAUUUCCAAUCUCGUCCAAUUUUGGAGCUAAAAGAGAAGAUUCAGCCUGAAAUUUUAGAGUUGAUAAAGCAGCAGCGUCUAAAUCGUCUUGUUGAAGGAACCUGCUUUCGGAAGCUUAACAGCCGACGCCGGCAAGACAAAUUUUGGUAUUGUCGACUCUCUCCGAACCAUAAAGUUUUGCAUUAUGGAGAUUUGGAAGAGAGUCCCCAAGGAGAAGUUCCACAUGAUUCAUUACAGGAUAAAUUGCCUGUGGCAGAUAUAAAAGCAAUUGUUACAGGGAAGGACUGUCCUCACAUGAAGGAGAAGGGAGCCCUUAAACAAAACAAGGAGGUGCUUGAACUUGCUUUCUCUAUACUGUUUGAGUCAAAUGGCCAGCUAAAUUUCAUUGCACCUGACAAACAUGAGUACUGUGUAUGGACAGAUGGUCUAAAUGCCCUACUUGGAAAAGAUAUGAUGAGUGAACUAACACGUAACGACUUGGAUACUCUGCUCAGUAUGGAAAUAAAGCUGCGUCUUCUGGAUCUGGAGAACAUACAGAUCCCUGAUGCUCCACCUCCUAUUCCAAAGGAGCCAAGCAACUAUGAUUUUGUAUAUGACUGCAACUAAAUCAAUUGUAACUCCUUAGAAUUACAGUUAGCAACUGGAAAGGUGUUUUUUUAAAAAGAAAAAGAAAAAAAAACCAGGAAGAGAACAUGUGAUGCAUCUUGGAUUUAUGGUUAUAAUGGGACUGUAAAAGAGCUAGUUCUCGUUUUGCUUUCUGCCUGUUGUUCUUAUCCACUGGUAAUGAAAAAAGAUCACUUCCAUUAAUAUUUUACUACUGGGAAAGAUCAAAAGAAUAUUUCAACAUAAAAGGUGUUACCAAAGGAAAUUUCUUAUUUUUUUUAAAUGCUGGAGCACAGUUCCAAAUUAAAAAGACAAUGUGACUUAACAGCACAAUCACCAAACUAGAUCCAGCAGGUGCUUUAACAGAUAAAGCUACAGUAAAUGAGGAAAUGAGAGUUAUUUCCCACUUCAGAUCUUUGAAUCAACAAGAUAUCUCAAUAAAAAUGAUUAUUACCACUUCCAGCUUCUAAAUUGUUGUAGCUAUAAUAUAAUUCACCAUUAUCUUUAUUAUUAAAACCAGCAUCUUAAGUUAAGUGAAUGGUUUUCUUUAAAAUUCACAGAUCAUAUUACAGACAUUUGUAAUCCCUUAACAAAGCUACUUGCUCUUUAUGUCCUGUUGUAUAAUUAUAUAUAAUUAACUGAAAGCAGUGGGCAUUUUUUAGUCCAGGCUGUGAUUGAUUAUUUUGUUUGCAAAAUGGCAGAUGCCAUAAAUAUCAAAAAUGCUGUGUUCAGGAUUAUGUUGUAGAAAUGUGCAGAGUAUUAUAAAUUUGCAAUGUGCUUGGAUUUGUAUAAAACAUUUGAACAAUACUUGCCAAAUUUAUAUAUAAUCAAAAACAAAAUUAUAUUGUGUGUACUUUAUUUUCAAAAAAUACCUGUUUUGAAUUCUAUAUUCUACUUGGAACAUUCCCCUUGGAGAGAAUUUACGCCAACAUUCCCAUCAACAUUGCUAUGAAUAAAACUGAACUUGUGCUUA